AACGAAGAUUUUUUCUUGACAUCUGCAAGAUUUGCUUUCCUACCAACGGCGUCAUUUUUGUUGUAACAUUCGAAGCUUCGACUAAUUUCUUCGCAACAAAUCUGUUUUGAAUUAUUUCGUCCGCGAAAGAGCGCUAAUUUUUCCUGCAGAAGCUCAAAUAUUUGACUAGAAAACCGGCUCCUUCUUCGUUUACAAAAUUUGCAUUACACAGAUCUCUCAAGAACCAUAACGAAUUUUGGCGGACUAGUCGUUUUUUCACUUCAACUGCAUUAAAACGGAAAAGGUGACUUAUCAUUGCAAAUUGGCCUUAUUGCUGAUCAAAGAAAUUAACUCAGGAUGUGGACCGCGAUUUCAAGUUACAUUUGGGGCGAAACAGACGAGCAACUUGUCCCGGGAUCGGUCGACGACACCCAAAGCGUCGAUGACGACUGGAUUUUAGUGGACGUUCAAAAAGGCAAAAAAUGUGACGAGAAAGAAAACGAUGAUCCUAAGUUAAAAGCCCAAAUCCAACUGGAGGAAAGUUGGUACGUUACUCCACCGCCUUGCUUUGAGGCGAGCGGGCUUUCCCCCGAAGUUUUGGAAGCAAGCCCGAUGGAGGAUCUUCUUAUCGAACAUCCCAGUAUGUCUGUGUAUGGUCCAGGUAUAAGACGGCAUUCUCCUUCACUUUCCUCAACAUCCCGGAAUUCUAGCACAGCUAGAAACGGAGAAGAGGUCGUGGAAAGGAGGGAACCGCGUCGUACUGUCCAAUUCCAAGCGCAGCUCGAGUUAAUUGAAAAGAGGCGACAAACCGAACCUCCGCUCCAAGGCAGCAUUCGCGCCAACAGAAAGAACUUAAAAAAGCAAAAUAUGGUUCAUUUUCAGAAUAAUUCUAGAAGCAAACGAAAUAAAAAACGAAAUAGGAUGCUAGGAAAACACGUUGGACUACACGGCAAAAGGGGCUGUUGACCUUCGCUAGAAUUUUAAUAUUCAAGAGCGACGCUUGUGGAUUAGCGUGAGGGUCUAAAGUCCGUCGAUUGUAAAUAUUUAAAACAUUCCUAUUUAUAUUCUUUCGGAGGGUAUAGUUUGCUUCCCAGAGUAGGUUCAUUAUUUCCCUUGUGUAUUGUAUUCCUCGCUAUGAGGAAGAUAUUAAUAUAAUUUGAUCCUGGAAACAUAAACUGGGCUCAAAUUUGUUAAAUAGCUCGCGGAGAUCGCACUUCCAGCUAUGUAAUUUAUGUAUCAUUCUUAGGUAGUACGGAUCGACGAGAGUAUGGUUGGCAUUAUUUUAUUUUUCUUAUGACGAAAACGAAAAAAAAAUCGAUAUAAUUUUGAAAAUUUGAAACAAGAAAUACAAUUUCACUAAAUUUCAUACAUUAUAUGGUCUGAUAUUACUGUCUUGAGUACAACCUUGAGAUUGAAAUAAACCAAAUUUGAACUAAAGUUCACGUUGCUGACUUACGUAAAUGAUUACGUAAUGUGAUUACUGAGCGAGUGUAGCAGGUUAGCUAAUGAACUCUCAUCUCGCAUGCAAUUCUGGUAGCUAGGUUAAGCGUAGUGUUGAGUGGAAUGCUGAACUUAGCCCGUAAUUAAUGAUUUGAUAGGGGGUUUUCUAGAUGGAAGACAAAUUAUGCAAAACAAACAAACCAAUGCGGUGCCAAUGUUACAUUAAUGCUAGAAUAAUGAAAUUAAGCGUCAUAGUGCUGUUGUUGAAAAAUCAUGCACACAUUGGAAUGAGUGUGCUUUGCAUUUUCCUUCCUCUAGUUAACUGAAGGCCUUUUCCUGUCAAUUAAUCUACAACAUCUUAAUUUUCCAAUGCCUUAAGAAGAACAAAAAUAAUUUUAUCACCAACACAACUUUACCAGGGAUAAUUAAAAAUUGUCUUGCAGAUGCAGAUUGAGUAAAUUUCCAUAAUAAAAAAAAUAAAAAAUUUCCACAAACAGGUGUUAUCACUCGAAUUCACCGUACAGAGUUGUGGGAUUUUCUACUACACUGAAACUGGUAGAUUGCAAACUUAGCUCCCACACAAUCACUUCACUUAACCCUUAAAUUCCCAGAUCAAAUUUGUCAUUCUCCUCACUGUCAACCAUACAAUUCUUAUACUGUUAGUUCAGAGAAUUAAGAACUGGCUCAACUACUUAUCCCCAAAUUGAUAUUUUACUUUAUUCUCAUCACUUAUCUAGUUGAUAUUGUACUGAUGUUGUGAGGAGAGAUUUUGUUUUAGUCACUCAUGGGAUUUAAAGGUUUAAACUAAAAACAAACUUGAUGAUGAACAUUUGCAAGAUUAAGUUCGUCUAAACUUAAUAAUGUGUAGUUGUAUCAAUCUUUACAGUUCAAAGUUGUCAAAAAUAUUUUGGGUAAUUGGUUUGUAAUACAAAGUACAUCACCUGAUACACUGCAUCUCUGCUGAAACUUGAGCUACAAAUAUUUGCAACAGCUGGCACAUUUUUUAGGGUAGAUGGAAAAAUGCAUGUUUGCUGGUUUAUUUUGACAACACUGACAGCUGGAUAGAAUUAAAUUGUACAGAUAUUAAUGUGCUAAAAUCUACAGAGAAGUAUAAAUAAGGAAUAAAGUAUGACAACCUGCAAAUUCCACAUGGAACUGCAACCACAAAGGUAAACAAUGUAGCCCUGACAACAACUGAUUAAAUACAAAAGAAAUCAAACCAUUCCUUACUGAUAACUAAAUACUUGAAAAUUUCUAUUUACAGAAGGAAUAAACUUUUGCAACUCACAA